AUGCCCAAACUCUCGGAGCCGGAGCGAGAAGGAGAUGGCCCCAAGCAGCAUGUGCUCAACUUCACGGCUUUUAUGAUGGAACUCUUGAACCACGUCCACCAGGUCGCAGAUGACGGAGACACAUUUUGGGAGGACAGAAAACCGCUGUUGGAGUCUGAUUUGGCUCGCCUCCGGCAACACUGGUCAGAGCUGCCGCCCCUACCUCGCAGUGGGCUACCAGCCGCGACGCUGUCUGCUGUGGCGCAACAUCACGUCGACGUCCAACUGGUGUUGAUGAUUCUCUACUGCCAAAUCCUGCGGACGAUAUCCCGCAAGACGACGAUAUCAAGACGGCUCCAGAUUUUGCGCAAGUCGGCUGCGCAGACCUACUACAGAGAUUUGUUAGGGAGUCUGCGAUCGACGAUUGACAUUUUCGACUAUGCGUACAAGUUGGACGCUACGGGGACCGCGUCUUCGUGGCCACGAUGCUUUGGACUCUUCUGCGCGGUGUUGAUGCUGGGCAUUGCUAAACUCCGACAAGACGGGGAUGUGGACACAGACAAGGAGCGCAUCGAAACCGGGUUGAAGAUCUUCAGAGACCUCGCCGGCACUGCAGGAAUCUCCGGCCUCGCCCAGUCUGCCGCAGAAUUGCUCUCUGGGGUCCUGCAAGGAAUUGAGCAGCUUGCCCAGAAACCCAGUGGCGCCACCGGAGCCGCCUCUGCUCCAUCAGCGCCGGUCGGGGGUGCGGACACCGACAUUGCCAAUCUCUCGCCGCCAUCAGCUCCUCGCCUGUCACCGCCGGCCCGAGGAGAGAGAAGUGGCGCUCCUUCACUCAAACGGUCCAAGAAGUCCAGCUUGGCAGAAGUUCCUCGACGCCGGAAAAGAGCAAGAACCGGCGCUGGGCCUGUAGCUUUUGACUUACCUCAACAGACCCCAACUUGGGCUGUCGGGCAAGAUCAUUCCUAUCCUCCGGCCGUGUCUUUCGACGGCGCGACGUCUACGCCUCCUCAGGAGCCUUCGGCAUCUCAGGGCUUUGAAGCACAGCCGUUCCCGCCGAGUGCCGCGUCCUCCUUCACUGAGCAGGCGGGGUACUUCGACGCAGAAUUACUGCCGAGUCACCCCGACAACAUGGAAGAGUACCAUCCAGGCCACCAUUGGGUUCAUCCGCCCAUGGUGUAUGCGCCGCCGUUGUACGACGACUGGUGGCAGUAUCAGUUCCAGUCAGGAGGGAAUGCUGCCCUUGAUGGCAAUCUGCAGCCAAUGUCUUACAACAUCCAUCCGCCGUUGGCAUUGCCACCGAGUACAUGGACGCUGGAGAACCCUUCAAAUUAUAACGGACAAGUUUUCGGACGUGACCAGCAGGCCGAGGGCCUAGCAAGGCGCCAGUCAAUGCCUCAGCUCAGGAUUCUUUCCCCUGCCAGCGACCAACAUCAGCAGAACAGAAGUCUGCCCCCAUCGAGAAGGCCGUCACAGGUGGAGAUAGAGACGAUGGCGGCGAAAGCGGCACACAAUGCUGCAGAGACACCGUCCAGUCAAGGCCAUUACUACGAGGGGACUAUGACGAACGAGGGCCUCAUCGAGUACCAUCAGACUCAUAUACAGUCGGCCAACUUGGUCACCACGGGGCCGUAUACGGGCGACGGUCACGGCCAACAUUGGGGCUGGGCAUAA